AUGAGGCGGGGCGGGGCAGGGCGUGUAUCCAGGGCCACCGCGGGGCGUGCUGGGGCGCAUCGGGGCCGUGAGCCGAGUCGCCAGGUCUGUGGCAGGCCGGCGCCACGUAAUCCCGCCGCUGGGGGAUUACCACCUAGCGCGCCCCGAUCACCCCGCUUCCACCUCCACCUGACGUCACUUGGGGUGCUGGGGGUGCUGGGAGUCAAGGGGAGAGAGUGGCAGGGCGGCGCCCAACAUGGGAGGCAUGAGGCUGCCGGCCACGCUCCAGACACCAACCUCAGCCGCGUGAGGAUGUCCCGCGCUGGCUGGCCACCCAGCGGGGCCGCGAGGCCCCCUGCCCUGCUGCCUCCACCCACCGCUGACUCCAUCGCCUACCGGCGGUACCUGCGCUACCUGCCGGAGUACCGCUCACGGCGGCGUGAAGAAGAGCCUCGAGGAGGCCAGAAGAGCGGCGACCAGCGUCAGGACGAGGAUGACGAUGAGGGAGAGGAGAAGAAGGAGGGUGGGGCGAGGAGUGUGGCGAGUGACAGGGAGGGAGGGGAUGGCGCUAUCUUGUCUCCGGAUGUAAGUGUAAGCUCUUUGGUGCGACAGUACACGAAUAUGCUCCAAGCUCGUAACAUAUCCACCGACGCGCCUUAUAAUUUUUCUCGUUCCUGCUCCAACCUCCUGACCCAGUGCCGCAGGCCUUCCGCGAGCCUCUCCGGAGGCACGCCGCCUGAGGGGGAACAGCCUCGCAAGGGCUCCCUUCACUGUCGUAGUGGCGCGCCGAACCAAGUCCGUUGUCGGUCCCUCUCGCUACCGUGGCCCAGCGAGUCGUCGUGGCGGUGGAGCAGCGAGCCCGGGUUGGCGUGCGAGGACCAACCCUCGGGGGUGGCGGUGGGUAACGCGGCUCCGCCCCAUGCUGCAUCACUGGCCAACCUCGACUCAGCCACAAGCGACGAGGGCUGCCCUGGGGACGACGUGUCCACCGGACCCUCCCCUCUAGCCUCGCCUGACUGCAGCGUUGCCCACCGGCUCUCGGGCCUCAUUACGCCCUUCCGCUCCCUCUCCCCUGCCUCCUCGGUAGGGUCUCACCUCGGCUCAGUGGAGGACCUGCCUCUCGUGCGCUCCAUGUCGGCAGGUCACGUGCUGGAUAGCUUCAGGCGUUCUCACUCUACCGACAGUGCCGUCGAGGUGGAGGACGAGGCCACGUCACCGAUGGGGUCACCACUAAACGAUGACCCUGGCGUGGCGGAGGACAGCUGUGAAGCCCCUGACGAACAUGGCGAGGGUGAGGAUGAGGCACCAGUGUUCUACGAGUGUUCUGGCACUACCAGUUGUGCCGCAGUGAAUGGUGACGGUGGCGGUAAGAGUGCCGAGCAUGGGGUGACGCUGCGCCGCAAAAGUGCCGACGCGAGGAAUGGCGGCUUGUCUGAACGGCGGCGGGGCGAAGUGAACGGCGAUGCUCUCCUUCGACUGGUGCGGGGCUGUGGGAUAGUGGGGUGCGGCCAGCGGCAGCAGGCGCGGCAGGGAGGAGUGUUGCGGACGCCCUCGGUGGUGAUCAGUGACUACAGCGGCGACACGGUGAGCCUCACGGUGGCGCUUGCUUCAAGUGACUUCUCUCUGUCGCACCUGGACGGCCUGCAGCACUCUGCCUCCUCUCCGAGCCUCAUCCCACCCUCGGACGACUUCUCCUCCAGGAAAGUGUCCAGCUGUUCCUCCUGUUCCUCCGUCAGCACCGUGGACUUCAGCACGCCGCUCACCCUCACGCCGCUGAUGCGCAGGACACAAUCCCCUGUCGAGGAAUCCAACAACCGAAUCUCCACUGGCUCCACCUACAGCUACCUCAGCAAUUCCGAGGACGAGGUGGAGCACGUGCUGACAAGACCACAGACACCCCGCAAGCCGUCCAACUGGCGCAAGGUUCGGAACAUCGUGCAGUGGACCCCGUUCAUUCAGACUUACAAGAAACAUAAAUAUCCCUGGGUGCAGCUCGCCGGCCAUCAAGGUAACUUCCGGGCGGGGAUGAAGCAGGGCACCAUUCUGAAGAAGCUGUGCCCGCCGGAGGAAAAGGCUCUGGAGGCGAUUAUGAAGGACGUGCUCCGCCCCUACGUGCCUCGAUACUCCGGUGUGGUGGAAGGCGCUGACGGAGAGAAGUACCUACAGAUGGAGGACCUUCUGAGUAGCUACUCCCUGCCCUGCGUCAUGGAUAUCAAGAUGGGUGUCAGGACAUACUUGGAGGACGAGCUGGCGAAGGCGAGAGAGAAGCCCAAACUUAGAAAGGACAUGUACGAGAAGAUGAUACAGAUUGACCCGAAGGCGCCAACGGAGGCAGAGAACCGGGCCAAGGCGGUCACCAAGCCAAGGUACAUGGUGUGGCGGGAGACCAUUUCCUCCACGGCCACGCUAGGGUUCCGCAUCGAGGGCGUGCGGCGCGGGGACGGCACCUCCAGUAAGGACUUCAAAACGACGCGCACCAGAGAGCAGGUCCUGGCGUGCCUCACCAGCUUCCUGCAGGGCUACCCACAUGUGGUGAGUCGGUACGUGCAGCAGCUCAAGUCGAUCAAGAUGACGUUAGAGGGUUCGUCGUUCUUCAAGACACACGAGCUCAUUGGCAGUUCUCUCUUGUUCGUGCACAACGACUCCUCGGCGCUCGUCCGCAUGAUCGACUUCGCCAAGACGGUGCCGCUGCCUCGCGGAGUGGCCAUCACGCACCGCAAUCCCUGGUCGGAGGGCACACAUGAGGACGGCUACCUGCUUGGCCUCGAGAACCUCAUAGACAUCUUCACUGCCCUCGAGAAAUUGUCGCCACAGACUCCCAACGGCACUGUUACCCCCACCAAGCCCGUCAAUGCAGCCACCGACACCCCCGCCCCUGCCUCACCCCCACACCCAUCCCCAGCUACACCCCCUACACCAGUCCCAGCCCCAGCCUCCCAGCAGCUCCUUGACGGCGGCGGUGACGAGGUGAAGGUAGUGACGGCCGAACUCAAACCUCUGACUAUAUCUAGUGCUUCCACCACCACCACCACCGCCUCCUCAUCAACCUCCUCUUCCACCUCCGAGCAUCAUCACCGCCCCCACCACCAUCUCCACCAUUCCCCCGCCACUCCACCCAUUGCCCCAGUCCCCGCACCCACCCCUGCACCCCCCACCUAGAUCUGUGCUAUAGUACAAGCAUAGGACGUGAAGAAAAUGUACAAAACCUCAUUUUUUGUGUACACCUUUUUUUUAUAAAUCAAUAUAUACAUAAUGUAUUUAGUACAUAACAUGGCAUGGUAUGUGUGUGUGUGUGUGUGUGUGUGUGUGUGUGUGUGUGUGUGUGUGUGUGUGUGUGUGUGUGUGUGUGUCUGUGCGUGUGCGUGUGAGUGUGCGUGCGUUCAAGCGUAAGCCUAGACUAGAUGUAUAGAUACUAUGAGAGAGAGAGAGAGAGAGAGAGAGAGAGAGAGAGA